AUGGUUCAAACUUUGGCGCCUUGGGAGGACAGACGGAAGAAAAUAACAAUAGAGGACAGUUUGUGUCUUUGCGAUCCUCACCCAGAACCCAGAACGCCCCAGAACCCCGAACGCCCCAGAACCGUGCGGAAGCGGACGAACGCCACUGGACCGCAACCCUCGUGGCACGAGGUCGAGAAGAGGACCCGGAGGCUCCGCUACUUCUUAAACGAGUGGGUUGUCAUGGAUCUUGACAGUGCAUAUUACUAUGGUAACGAACUCGAAGAUGACGACUCGUUCCCGCUCAACGGAGACGGGGUAGAAGGAUACAUGUCGCUCAUCGACCUAUGGACUUUCUGCAUCAAAGCCGUUCUCGGGGAAUGGUUUGAUAUAACUGCCUAUGUCAUCCUGUCGUCGUGUUUCCUAAGAUGGGUCGGAAAUUUCGAGAAGAUCCCAAGAUGGGUGAUCCAUUCCUUGUCAACUCUUCUCGGAUUCUACUGUAUGGUCGGCAUCAUGGACUGGCACGGGUUCUACGCUUUCACCUUCGCAGUCCUCGGCAUUACUACCCUCUACAUGGUCGACUGGAUAUUCCAAGCUUGGAGGACCUUCUUCGUGACAGCUGCCUGCUUGAUUAUGAUCAUCGGAAUCGGGGAGUACAAACUCUUUCCGUCUCAGUGGAAUCGAAUACGAGGAUCUGUCAUGAUCAUGGCCAUGAAACUAAUUUCUUUGGCGAUGGACAUCGAUGAUGGUCGGAUAACGAGGCAUCCACCCCUCAUCCCGGUUUUCGGUUAUCUGUUCCAUACCGCGACUGUCAUUUUCGGACCUUGGAUUUCUUUCUAUGAUUAUUUCGUAUCUGUCGAGCCUCAGACACAAUCCGAUCAGAAACCGGACCUCCUAGACCCGUUAUGGCUGCUUUCGCUGCUCCGGACCUUGACUUUGUCCACCAUGUGUCUCGUCCUAUCGUCCUGCGGCUUGGACUGGCUACUCGGGGAUGCCUCGAGCUACGGCAUCUGGCUUGAAGCUUUCCGCGACGCAUUGAUCUUCCGCAUGUCCCACUACUUCGUCUGCUUCCACAGCGAAAGCUCAGCCCUCGCGGCGGGAGUACAGGCCCAGAAUAGUGCGAACGAAUGGAACUUGGAAAUCGUGCGACCGAAGUACAUCGAGUUACCUCGAUCCUUGGUUGAGGUCGUCGUCUUCUGGAACCGGCCCAUGCACGUCUGGCUGAAAAACCACGUAUUCAAACGCAUCAUACCCCGGGGGCGACUCAUCGCCGUACUGGGGACAUUCGCCGCGUCGUCUGUCCUACAUGGACUGAGUUUCAGGAUAAGCGCUGUGUUGUUUUCGCUCGGAUUCUUGACAUACACCGAGUUCAGCUUGAGAUCGAAGCUGUCCACAGCUUUCAACGCUUGCUUAGGAGCGAGAGAAUGCAGGAAUUGUCACCACGAACACAAAGACACGCCUCGAGUGCGAUUGGUGAACUUGUUCUUCACACUUCUCGCAAUUUUCCAUCUCACUUAUCUGGGUACCAUGUUCGACUCUCAGCCUGAAGAUAAUAACAUGUCUUCGAUGGAAUAUACAUUGAACAAAUGGCGGAAUCUGGGCUUCGCAAGUCAUAUCGUUGCCCUCGUCAUGUUCUUUGUAGAUCUAAUGGUUUGAAUUGUUGGUCCAAUGAUCUCAUCUGUCCGCGGCCAACUCAAGUAGUCUAGUUCUAUUCCGCUGCCAGGACCGUGAUAUUCUGUGAGCCUGUUGUUCGCUUGCAGCUGACACAAAAGCUAGGUAUUUUAAGGCUGGAAUUAUAAUUUAAGCAAGUUUCGUCUUUCUUGUGAUCUCAGACGCUGCACAAUUUUUUCGGAAAAGACCUUGAGUACACUCCACUCUGGAGUUCAUCAUCGAGCGAGAGAGAUUGGGGAAAAGGGGAGUAGGAAAGAAAGAAGAGUGCAUUUCUUAAAUGUAUCGAUCGACGACAAAGGCCUGCUUAGGAUGCGAUCGAGAACAUUCAAUAUUCUGCCAUCUGGCUCCAUGAGUUCGCGCAUUUGUAAUCAUCACUGACUCGAGAUACUGUAU